CUUCAUCUUCCUCACUCUCUCUCUCUCUGCUGUCUUUUCUCUCUCUUCCAUGUGAAAGCAAAAUUCGCUUGAAAUCAAAUCAAAGCUCCAACAUUUUCCCAAGGCAAGAAAAAGCAAACACGACCCUUUUUCUCGCGAUCGUCCCGACCCCCCAUUCAUUAGCUCCCUCUCUCCCUCCAUCUCUGCAUUCCUCAGAUUCUAGUUGCAGAGCUAGAGAGAGAGAGAGAGAGAGAUCGAGAUCAAAACGUUUCGGAUUCUUGCUCAGUUCAGUAACUGAAGCUUUCCAUUGUUCGUCCCGAGUCCUUUUCCGAUUCUGGGCUUUGAUUUUUUUUUCCCUCUUCAAGGGCUUUUCUGGUCUGAUCCGAUUGAGAUUUCCCGAGUGGCCACUAGCUGUCAUUGCGUUAGCUAGUUAGCAAUGGCUACGCCGGCUCCCACCUCGCCGCCGACCAACACGACCGCCCCUCCCCCAGCGACCCCCGCUGCGCCUCCUCCCGCCACCCCAUCCACUCCGCCCCCCGCCGCGGCGCCUCCACCAACCGCCAUCCCAUCUCCUCCGCCUCCCUCGGCCACGCCGCCGUCCGCGACCCCAUCUCCCCCGGCUCCCUCCACUCCGUCGCCAUCCACCAAACCCUCUCCUCCGCCGCCCCCGUCCACUACCCGCAGCCCUCCCCCGCCUCCGUCGAGCUCCGGCACCCCGACUGUGAAGAGCCCCCCGCCACCUCCAUCGUCCUCGUCCUCCCCGCCGUCCAGCACCGUAUCGACAGGGCUUGUGGUGGGGCUCGCCAUCGGGGGGGUGGUUGUGCUGGUGGUCUUGAGCUUGCUGUGCAUCUGCUGUGCUCGGAAGAGGCGGAGGAGAGAUGACGAGGAGGGCUACUAUGUUCCACCACCUCCUCCUCCCCCUCAGGGACACAAAGUUGAUGAUCCCUACAACGGUGGUCCACCGCGCCACAGGCAAGAAACUACUCCCCCACCGCCGAAGCCGAGCCCUCCUCCUCCAGCAGCUGCUAACUGGGCGGCACCACAGCCUUCUCCACCGCAGCCGCCGCCCCCAAAACGUAGCCACAGCCCAUUGCCGCCGCCGCCUCCUCCUCCACCCUUCAUGAGCAGCAGCGGUGGAUCGGGCUCCAACUACUCGGGCUCCGAGGCCGUCUACCCUCCACCUUCGCCGGGCAUUGUUCUCGGCUUCUCCAAGAGCAGUUUCACAUACGAGGAGCUCUCCCUGGCUACCGAUGGGUUCUCGGAAGCCAACCUUCUUGGGCAGGGUGGUUUUGGUUAUGUGCACAGGGGGGUUCUCCCAAAUGGGAAGGAGAUUGCCGUGAAGCAGCUCAAGGUUGGGAGCGGGCAGGGAGAACGGGAGUUCCAGGCAGAAGUUGAGAUAAUUAGCAGAGUGCAUCACAAGCACCUUGUCUCUCUGGUGGGUUACUGCAUCGCUGGGUCUCAGCGGAUGCUCGUCUAUGAGUUCGUCCCAAACAAUACGUUGGAGUUCCAUUUGCACGGGAGAGGGCGACCAACCAUGGACUGGCCCACGAGACUGAAAAUUGCUCUGGGAUCUGCUAAAGGGCUAGCAUAUCUUCAUGAAGAUUGUCAUCCAAAGAUCAUUCAUCGUGAUAUCAAAGCAGCUAACAUACUUCUGGAUUUCAAGUUUGAGGCAAAGGUUGCAGAUUUUGGACUUGCUAAGUUCACUUCUGAUACCAAUACUCAUGUCUCCACCCGGGUUAUGGGUACUUUUGGGUAUCUUGCCCCAGAAUAUGCUUCUAGUGGGAAACUCACAGAAAAAUCAGAUGUUUUCUCGUUUGGGAUUAUGCUUUUGGAGCUGAUCACUGGACGUAGACCUGUGGACCCCACACAUACUUUCAUGGAUGAUAGUUUGGUCGACUGGGCAAGGCCCCAGCUCACUAGAGCUUUGGAAGAUGGGAACUUUGACUCUUUGGUUGACCCGAGGCUGCAGCGCGAUUACAACCACGGUGAGAUGGCACGAAUGAUUGCCUGUGCCGCUGCUUGCGUGCGUCACUCCGCACGACGGAGACCGAGAAUGAGCCAGAUUGUUCGGGCCCUGGAAGGCGAUGUCUCUUUAUCGGACCUCAAUGAGGGUAUCAGGCCGGGGCAGAGUGGCCUCUUCAGUUCCUAUGGGAGCUCGGACUACGACGCGAUCCAGUACAAUGAGGACCUCAAGAAGUUCCGGAAAGUUGCACUCGCAAGCACAGAGAAUUACGGUAGCAGCGAGUACAGUGAGCCUACGAGUGAGUACGGGAUCAUCGCUUCCGGGUCUAGUAGUGAGGGCCAGAGGACUCGGGAGAUGGAGAUGGGGAAGAUGAAGAGGAGCAGCCAAGGCUUCAGCUGAGGGUCCCCGGUUUAGGUACCAUCUUACUAUGGUCACUCUUGUAAAGUUUCUGCUUUUACGCCUGUUUGCGAUUCUUUCAAUACUCCCUGACUGGUUUUAUAGUUCUUGUUAUAAUGGUUGUUAAUACAAGAGCCAAUUCUUUCAUUUUUUUUUUCCUUUUUUCUUUGUGGCUUGUUGAAAUCUGUUGAUACGGCUUGUUUUUGGUUUUUGCGAUUCGGUUGGAAUUGUCUAAUAUCUUAAACACUACACUGACUAUUGUACGUUGGACCGAGGCCGUUAGACAGCAGCAUCUUCGAAUGCUACUAGUCAAUGGGAUUCCCGUCUCUCCCUUCUCAUUUA